CGGUGUCACAACCCAGGAAGAGUGUCAGUUUAUAAAGGGUGACGCAUUCCUCGCCAGUGUCACCACUGUAUCAAUUUAGCAAAAUAAACGAGAUCGGGCCAGUUGUGUCUUUUAAGAAGAUCCGUCUAAUACUACGUUAUAAUUUGAACAGCGCGUCAAGAAGGUCGAACUUGCAUUUAAGGUUUGUGUUUGUAUGAAGGCGCCACAUUGAUUCUGUGUCCUCGGGCUUUCGCUAGCGGACACCCCGAGGGAGGCGGUCAGAACAGACUCAAUCGAGAAGCGGACACAUUAUGGGCUCCCGGGCUUCGACGCUGCUGAGGGACGAGGAGAUCGAGGAGAUUAAAAAGGAAACAGGCUUUUCUCACAGCCAAAUCACACGGCUCUACAGCAGGUUCACCAGUUUGGACAAAGGUGAAAAUGGCACUCUAAGCCGUGAAGAUUUCCAGAGGAUACCAGAGCUUGCUAUUAAUCCACUCGGAGACCGAAUUAUCAAUGCUUUUUUUUCUGAUGGUGAGGACCAGGUCAAUUUUCGUGCAUUCAUGAGGACCUUGGCACACUUCCGACCAAUUGAAGACAAUGAGAAGGGCAAAGACCCCAGUAGUUCUGAGCCUCUUAAUAGCAGAAAUAAUAAGCUGCUGUUUGCAUUCCGAUUGUAUGAUCUGGACAAAGAUGAUAAGAUAUCCCGCGAAGAGCUCCUACAGGUCCUCCGCAUGAUGGUGGGAGUGAACAUCUCAGAUGAGCAGUUGGGUAGCAUAGCUGACCGGACAAUUCAGGAAGCAGACCAAGAUGGAGACAGUGCCAUUUCAUUUCCAGAGUUUGUCAAGGUCUUGGAAAAGGUGGAUGUUGAGCAGAAAAUGAGCAUUCGAUUCCUUCACUAGCAGAAGAAAGUGAAUCUGCGUGUGAUGUACAACACAGGAUGUGCAAAUCAAUAUAGCCAGAAGCGUCUUGUCAUUUUUAUUUUAAAUCUUUAAACUACACAUUAGUUAUUUGUUGAUUGGGUAAGAUGUGCCUUAGGAUGUCACUAUGGCAACAAAAUGACAAAGCUUGUGUAGGAUGUCAUCUGCUGCCUGUAAUCUCAAUUUCCUGCUCUUCGUUUUUAUAGUUGCUUGUCAGUCUGUAAAUAAUCAGUUUAUACAA